GUCCACUUCAUAAGCACUAGUGCUAUACCACAGGGUACAGUUGUACUGUGCUCUGGGCUCUUGGAAGCUGAGACUGUCUAACAGUUUGGAAUUUCUGUUCCAUCACCAGCAGGCUGCAGUAAUGUACUCGCUGAGGGAUUUAUUGGGUUUCGUUGUGGGAGCAGCGAUCACGGCCGCCUUUGUCGUGCUGCUGGUGCCGUCGUCUGCUCCCAACUGCCCGUGCAGCCCCGAGCUGGCGUUGGACAACAAUGGAAGCCAAACACAUCUCAUGAGCAGAAAAAACCUCAGCAUGGUUCCGGCCGUGAAGAGUAAAGAAGAAGACAGCCUUCUUGUGGAGCUUCUGAGAAGCGCGGCCAUGGAGGACAAGACGGUCAUACUGACCUUCGUCAACGAGGCGCUGACGCUGCCGGGGUCGCUCCUGGAGCUCUUCCUGGAGAGCUUCAGGCUGGGCGUUCGGACGCAGCCCCUGCUGAAGCACCUGGUGAUCGUGGCCAUGGACGCCAAGGCGCUGGAGCGGUGCCAGCACAUGCACCCGCUCUGCUACCCGCUGGGCAGCGGUGGCCGCAGCAGCGACGGCGAGCCUGGAGGAACGGCGGCGGGGGAGGUGACGUUCAUGAGCAAGGACUACGUGGAGCUGAUGUGGGCACGGAACCGGUUCCAGGCGCGGGUGCUGGGGCUGGGCUUCGGCUUUGUGUUCACAGACGUGGACAUCGUGUGGUUCCGGAACCCGCUGCUGCGCUUCCCCGUCGCCGCCGACAUCGCCUUGGCGUGCGACCAGUUCUUGGGCAACAAUCCCUAUGACCUCGACAAGGCGGCCAACGGCGGCUUCGUGUACGCGAGGCCCAACGCGCGGACGCUGGCCUUCUUCCAGGACUGGUACGAGGCGAGGAACCGGUACCCCGGGGAGCAUGACCAGUUCGUGUUCGGCGAGGUGAAGAAGGAGCUGUCGGCGCGGCACGGGGUGACGCUGAUGCUGAUCGACACCGUCUACUUCAGCGGCGUGUGCGAGAACAAGAAGAAUUUUUACGAGGUGUGCACGUACCACGCCAACUGCCUCAUCGGUCUGCAGAAGAAGAUCGACACGCUCGCCGGCGUGCUCGACGAGUGGAAGCAGUUCAGGGCCCAGCAGGAGCUGCUCGGCAACAGCACCACCACGCUCAUCUACUGAGACGCUGUCCGUGAGCUGUGGCUCGUGUUUGUUCGAGAUUUUAGCUAGACAAGUUUUUAUUAUGGAUAACAGGAGUAAUCAGUUGUUUUACUGGAUGAAAUUGGUCGGACUUGUGCAAUGGAUCGAUGAAAAGGAUUGAAUUGUUUUGGUACUGUUAGUAAGAUUGCUUUCAUUGGUGACAA